GAGAAAUCUUCAGGUAGAGAGAGAUCUAUACAUCGGCUUGAAUCGGCUUUAGUUAAUCGCACUGAUAAACAAGAGAAUUUGCUUAUUUUCCCGGAAUUAUGUUGGAGCCUAUCGCUUAUGUAAAUGGGUUUGCUUGCGUAUUGGUAACCCUUCACUUGAUGCAAUUUCGUUGAAUUUUCAUUCUUCCCUGUUUCAUCAAAAGCAACGACUUUUAUUUCUGGGUUUUCAGUUCUGAAUCAAACCCACAUCGUACCUUAGCUUAAAGCCUUACACUUGAUGAUGGCGAGAAACGCUAACAAUAGCUUGUUUCUAGAAGAAUGGUUAAGAGUUGUGAGUGGAAGCAGUGUCUCUAGUAGUUUAGUGAAGCAGAACUCUGCACCAUCUGCAAGGUCUAUUAUUCAAGCGUGGUCCGAGAUUCGUGAGUCUCUUCAAAGCCAGAAGUUUGAUACACGUUACCUUCAAGCUUUGAGAGUUUUGGUUAGCUCUGAGUCCACUAUCCACGUCGCUGAUCCGCAAGCAAAGCUUCUUAUUGCUAUUUUGGCUUUAAAAGAUGUCUCUUUUCCGUUUGAGUCUUGCACGCUUGUUAUGAGACUGCUUUAUGUGUGGAUUAGGAAAGCUUUUCGACCGUCUCAGGCUCUUGUUGGUUCUGCCGUUCAGGCUAUUCGUGGUGUUGUUGAUGAUGGGAAGAGUAAUCUGCAACCAGUGUUAGUAGCGCAGAGUGUUUUGGUUUCUGGUGCUUUUGCGUGUGUGCCUUCUCUGUCAGGAGAGUUGAAAGUCUUGAGCUUGGAAUUGCUGUGCAGGCUUUUGGAAGAAGAGUGCUACUCACUGGUGGGUUCUCAAGAAGAGCUUGUUCCUGUAGUGCUUGCAGGAAUUGGGUAUGGUUUAUCCUCUUCGUCUGAUGUUCAUUACGUUAGGCUACUGGACUCCUUGUUUCGGAUUUGGUUGAAAGAUGAUGAUCCUCGUGGUAGUGUCACUCAUGGUCUGAUGAUUCUUCAUUUAGUUGAGUGGGUUGUGUCAGGUUACAUGAGGUCUAAUUAUGUAGACAAGAUGUCUCUUUUUGCGAACGAGGUACUAGAGACUUCUAAGGAAAACUAUACUGUUUUUGCUGUCUUGAUGGCAGCAGCGGGAGUACUGAGAGCUUCCGUGGCAGGAUCUAGUGGUGGUUCACAGAAUCUUGAGGUUGUUUCUAAACUUAGAAACUCGGCGGAAAAACGUUUAGAAGCUGUAGCUAAACUUUUAGUUUCUAAUGGUAAUGUUACACUUCCAACCACUCAGAGAGAUGAUCUUCUGAUGAAGUGCUUUGCUAUAGCAUUGGCUCGAUGUGGGACUGUUUCUUCAUCUGCUCCUCUGCUUUUGUGUCUCGCUUCUGCAUUGUUAACUCAGGUGUUUCCUUUGGGCCAUAUAUAUGAUUCAUUUUGCAAAGAUCCUAUAGGACCAAGACUCAUUUGGGUCAAGGAGCAUCUUUCUGGGGUUCUCUUCAAGGAAUCAGGGGCCAUAACUGGAGCUUUCUGCAAUCAAUACGCAAAAGCAAGUGAAGAGAACAAAUACAUUGUGGAGAAUAUGAUUUGGGAUUUCUGUCAAAAUCUCUACUUACAGCACCGUCAGAUUGCUCUGUUGCUUCGUGGUGUAGAAGAUACAUUGCUUGGAGACAUAGAGAAGAUUGCAGAAUCAUCUUUCCUUAUGGUUGUGGUCUUUGCGCUAGCAGUUACGAAACAAUGGUUGAAUCCAGUAGUGUCUGAAGAAAGAAAGAUGGAGACAUCAGUGAAGAUAUUGGUUUCAUUCUCCUGUGUAGAGUAUUUCAGACAUAUUCGUUUACCUGAAUACAUGGAGACAAUUAGAGAGGUGAUUUCAUGCGUCCAGGAGAAUGAUGCAACUUGUGUUUCGUUUGUUGAGUCCAUCCCUGCUUAUGAUAGUUUGACGAAUCCAAAAGACUUGAGGAUAGAGUAUGAAUGGUCAAGAGAUGAUGUACAGACAUCUCGAGUAUUGUUUUAUCUUCGAGUAAUCCCAACUUGCAUUGGAAGGUUAUCUGCUUCUGCCUUCAGGAGAGUCGUUGCAUCCACCAUGUUUUUAUAUAUUGGACAUCCUAACAGGAAAGUGGCACGAGCAUCUCAUACUUUGUUUGUAGCGUUUCUCUCUUCAGCAAAGGAAACAGAAGAGAACGAAAGAAACCAACUCAAAGAAGACCUUGUAUACUAUUACAUGGAAAGAUCUUUGGAGGGUUAUCCUGAGAUCACACCAUUUGAAGGUUUGGCUUCAGGCGUUGCAGCCUUGACCCGGCAUCUACCUGCAGGAAGUCCCGCUAUAUUUUACUCUGUCCAUAGCCUUGUUGAGAAGGCUUCAACUUUUAACACCGAUGAGUCCCAAGGAAAAAAGUCUGAUCCUGGUAAUCAGAUUCUUGACUUGCUUCUGAGACUCGUCUCUUUGGUUGAUAUACAAGUGUUGCCUUAUCUGAUGAAGUCAUUGGCACAGCUUAUUAUAAUGUUACCAAAAGAAAGACAGAACAUGGUGCUUGGUGAACUGUAUGGUCAAGUGUCUGAAUCAGACGAUGUGAUUCGCAAGCCUUCUUUAGUCUCUUGGCUACAGUCACUGAACUACUUAUGCUCUAAUAACCGGACUCAAGGCUCAGCUUCCGGACCAACGAUAGACACUUCUAACCAGUUAGCUGCUCGGCUCUAGGAAUCUCCUCAUAGUUUUUUCCAAACAUGUGAAAUAGAGAAUAAAAAUGUUUUUUCCCUAUAUAUUGUUAAAUUUUAAAGAAAAUGACUAGAAUACUCCUAAAAAAGUUUUUGUUACAAAUAUAGACCUUAAUAAUUAA